AUUCCCAUUGUUAUGUAUGGAAGAUCCAAUUUUGCCAUCCCCUAUUUCGCUGCAACCACUCCAAUCCAAACCAAAUCACACGACACGUACUACACUCACAAUUUUUCGAAGCUACACGCCAAUAUUUUAGAGCCAAAAACAGAGCAGCGGAAACAGAGGAGAGAGUGUAAGUGUUAACACGCAGACAUAGAGAGAGAGAGAGAGAGAGAGAGAGAGAGAGAGAGAGAGAGAGAGAAAGAAAGAAGCAUUGGUGGUUAUUAAUGGCGGAGGGGAAGGAAGAGAGUAAAUCCAGUAGCGAGGAGAGUGUGAAACUGUUCGUGGGUCAAGUGCCGAAGCGUAUGACCGAAGAUGAAGUGCUUGCAAUGUUCAAAGAGUUCGCUUUGGUGGACGAGGUCAACAUCAUCAGAGACAAACUCACUCGUGCUUCCCGAGGUUGUUGCUUUGUAAUUUGUCCAUCCAGGGAAGAAGCGGAUAAGGCGGUCAAUGCUUGUCACAACAAGAAAACGCUUCCUGGGGCAUCUAGUCCGUUGCAAGUGAAGUAUGCAGAUGGGGAGUUGGAAAGAUUAGAACACAAACUCUUUAUCGGCAUGCUUCCAAAGAAUAUUUCUGAAGUUGAGGUCUCUGAUCUUUUCUCAAAGUAUGGAACGAUAAAGGAUUUACAGAUUUUAAGAGGUUCUCAGCAGACAAGUAAAGGAUGUGCAUUUUUGAAGUAUGAAACCAAAGAACAGGCUGAUGCCGCUCUUGAGGCAAUCAAUGGAAAGCAUAAAAUGGAGGGUUCAAGUGUUCCUUUGGUUGUUAAAUGGGCAGAUACUGAAAAAGAAAGACAUGCUCGAAGGGCUCAGAAAGCACAGUCCCAAGUUUCUAAUGUGCCACAUGAUGAUCCUCAACACCCCUCAUUAUAUGGAGCCUUGCCAAUGGGUUAUGUUCCUCCAUAUAACGGAUAUGGUUAUCAGGCUCCUGGGGGUUAUGGGCUCAUGCCAUACCGUUUGCCACCAAUGCAGAAUCAACCAGGUUUCCAUCAUAUGAUGCCUCACAUGAACCAAAGAAAUGCAGUGAGGCCUGAUCUAGGUCAUAAUAUGGACCCUAGAAAUUAUCCUGCACCUCCUGCAAGUUACAUAGGCUCUUAUCCUGCUGUGCCAGGUAUACAGCAUCCAAUGGCAUAUGCCAGAGGAAUUGUAAGUCCAGGGCCAGUGAGUAGUUCUCCUGGUUCUGUUUCACCUGCAGGUGGAAAUAUCAACUCUUCAUCAUCAGGUGCCAGUAGAAGUUCCAGUGGUCAGAUUGAAGGACCACCCGGUGCCAAUCUAUUUAUUUAUCACAUACCUCAAGAAUAUGGAGAUCAAGAGCUUGCAACUGCAUUUCAACAGUUCGGUAGAGUUUUGAGUGCUAAAAUUUUUGUUGAUAAAGCAACUGGUGUAAGCAAAUGUUUUGGGUUUGUUAGUUACGAUACUCCAGAAGCUGCUCAAGCUGCCAUUAGUAUGAUGAAUGGUUGUCAAUUGGGUGGUAAGAAACUAAAGGUUCAGCUUAAGAGGGACAACAAACAGAGUAAGCUUUAUUGAUGAAGAUGGCUAAUAGAAAGUUGUACAAUUCUCAUUUCUCCUGACCGGUCUGAUGUCAAUACAAUUUGUAAUUUUCUGUAACAUGAAAAUUCAUUCAGACAUUGAUUAUUAAUUUAUUGAUUUUUCCCUCACAGCGCAAAUUGAUUAUAUUAUAAGUUCAUGAUUUUAUUGAUUUCCUCCGGGAUGAAAGGAUCAUUAUUUUGGGUCUCGUAGACACCAAACAUUAGUAUGUUUGUGUUUGGCCUAGUUCAUUUAAGUUUCUUUUCAGUGUUUG